GUUUCUGCACGGGACUGAUUAUACAGCGGCUCUGAGGCUGUGUGCUGUAUGGUGACCUUCUCCCUCCGGUUACUGCAGCUUCUGUUAAAUUAGAGUUACACACUAAUAAUAAUAAUUAUACAGAACUCGGGCUGGGAUUAUUAAUAUGGCUCUGCAGAGGAUCUGGGCGAAUAGCGGCGGGUUAUUCAGGUGUCUUCAGGAAGUCGUCUCCCAGAGGUGUUUAGUUGCUGCUUCCUCGUUCCACAUCACACACACUCAGUCCAACUCCAACAGAACCUCUGUAGCUCGCUGUGGACGGCAGAAAUAUGAGCGGAUGUAUCCGGUUCUGCUGGUGCGUCCGGACGGGUCCACCAUUAACAUCAAAUACAAGGAGCCUAAACGAAUAGUGAUGAUGCCGGUAGAUAUCAGCACUCUCUCAGAGGAGGAGAGGAAGGCCCGGAUGAAGAAGAGGGGUCCUAAAAAGACGAAGAAAGUGGAACAGGAAGUAUUUGAAGAUGAAUUUAAAGUAGAUGACUACAGCAAGUUCUGGAAGAAAACGUGAUUGGACUGAAAGUAUUUAUACUGUUUCACAUGUACAGAGCUUUUACAUGGCUGUCAUUUUUGUUUAUCAUCAUGUUAAUAAAAGUUUUUGAAAUCUG